AUGGCUACACCCACAGUUCUCUCUUUCGAUGCUGAGGGCCGUCCGCUCCAGUUUGAUGCUUGGCUUGACGAUCUCCACCUUUUCCUCCAGAUCACCGCUAAGGAUGACGUCUCGCUGUAUGACCACGCGUCCGGAACCGCUCUCGCACCUGCUGACACUGCUGACAGUACAGCUCGCUCCCAGUGGCAGACUCGUGACGCCCACGCUCGCCUAGCCAUUCGCAGCCACCUGCCGUUAGAUGAGCGCGCGCACUUUGGCCAGCACAAGACUGCUAAGGAGCUGUACGAUGCAGUAGUCGCCCGCUACUCCUCACCUGCCUCCGCUACGAUAGGCCGUCUCUCUCUGCCCUAUCUUUUCCCCGAUCUCGCCGCCUUUCCCACAGUCGCUGACCUCAUUACACACCUCCGCACCAGUGACACUCGCUUCCGAGCCGCCCUCCCUGCUGAGUUUCUCGCCAAGAACCCCCCACCGAUGUACCUCGUUCUCUACCACCUAGUCACCCGUCUCCCUGACUCUCUUCGCGCAGUCAGGGACCACUUUCUCGCCCUCUGCCCUACCGAGCUCACCAUUGACCUGCUCGAGAAGCAUCUGCUUGCAGCUGAGGCUAGUAUAGUUGCUGUAGGUGCCUCUCGUGGCGACCCCCGCACGCCCUUCUUCGACGGGUGUUCCCCUUCCCCCCUUCUCCCCUCGGUUGCCUCUGCUGCCGCUGUCGACUUCCUCGGUGCUGAGGACGUCGGGGCUGCGUCUGCUCCUAGCUGGAGGCGCAAGAGCGGCAAGGGCAAGGGGGGCAAGGGUGGCGGCGGUACCAGUGGGGGAGGUGGGGGUGGCGGUGGAGGUGGAGGCGGUGGGGGUGGUGGCGGUGGUGGGGGUGGUGGCGGGGCUGGGGGGGUCAGUGGCAGCGGCGGAGGUGGCAGCGGCGGGGGUGGCAGCGGCGGGGGUGGUGGCGGCAGUGGUUGUGGGGGAGGCCGGGGUGGAGGUGGUGGUGGUGGCGGCAGUGGGCGUGGUGGCGGCGGCUCGGGUGGUGGUCGGGGUGGACCAGCGCAGCGUGGAGGCUCGGGUGGUGCCCAGCGCCAGCAGCAGCGUCUUGGAGAGACCCCGUCGUCCCAGCAGCUUCGUGAGUGGUACUCUCAGCAUGGGGGGUCUGGGGGUGGAGGCACCUGCACGUAUGUCAUCCGCACCGGUGACCGCGCUGGUCAGACGUGUGGGCGUUUCCACACGCCGCACCGCUGCUUCUUUCGUCUAGACGAUGCCUGGCGUGCACAGUUCCCGGAGGCCUCUGAGCUGCCCCGCUGGGCUGAUCUGCUUAAAAAGAACAUUGAUGUAUUUGCACUUGACUUUGAUGUUAUUCUUGGAGCCAUGUAUGCAUUGACUAUUAGUGUUGAGGGUGACUGUUACUUGUGUGUGCCACCAGACCCAGGCAUUGCGACCAGUGAGGCUGCCGCUCUAGGUGCUAGUGCGUCCGCUGCCCCAGGUCCUGGUGAGACAACUGCUCUAGGUGCAGGUGUGUCUGCUGCCCCAGGUGCUUGUGAGACUGCGCCUUCAGGUACAGCGUCUACUGCGGCACUGCACACCUUCACCCUGGACUCAGGUGCUUCCCGCUGUUUCUUUCGCGACCGCACUGCCCUCGAGCAGCUUCCUAGACCGGUUGCUGUCUCCCUGGCUGACCCCUCCGGGGGUCCGGUUCUUGCGACCUCCUCCACUGUCCUCCCGUGUCCUGCGGUCCCGUCUGGCACCCUGUCAGGUCUUUACCUCCCCUCGUUCUCUACGAACUUGGUGGCGGGCUCUGCUCUACAGGACGGGGGUGUUCACCAGUUCACCCCUGCCUAUGAGCGUGUGACCCACUGUACGUGUGCCCGGACGGGUCGCCACCUUGCUACCUUCACUAGGGAGCCGGGGUCGGACUUGUACACACUAACCACUGAGUCCCCUCAGGUCGCUGCGUCUGCGUCUGCGUCAGGUCAGCUGUCGGCCCCCUGCUUGUGUCGCUCCCUGUCCCACCAGACUGUCCUCUGGCACCACCGCCUUGGUCACCCGUCAGUGCAGCGCCUUCGCGGCAUGCACCGUCGCCUCCUUGUCUCUGGUCUUCCCCGGGUUCUCCCUCCCCUCCCACCCUCGCCUGCGCCUCCCUGUCUUCCCUGUGUCGAGGGGCGGCAGCGCGCCGCUCCUCACUCCUCCGAGUUUCCCCCGACAGAGGCUCCUCUGCAGACACUCCACAUGGACGUGUGGGGCCCCGCCCGCGUCCGUGGACAGGGCGGGGAGCGCUACUUUCUGCUGGUAGUUGACGACUACACGCGCUACACCACGGUCUUCCCCUUGCGCACCAAGGGUGAGGUCCCUGAUGUCUUGAUCCCUUGGAUCCGCACUACCCGUCUCCAGCUGGAGAGGCGCUUUCGCUCGGACCUUCCAGUCCUGCGACUGCACUCUGAUAGAGGUGGUGAGUUUUCCUCCGACCUCUUGAGAGCCUUCUGUCAGGGGGAGGGCAUUGAGCAGACGUUCACGCUUCCGGCCUCUCCGCAGCAGAAUGGGGUUGCUGAGCGCCGCAUUGGCCUGGUCAUGGAGGUCGCUCGUACCUCCUUGGUCCAUGCGGCUGCCCCCCACUUUCUGUGGCCGUUUGCGGUACGGUACGCCGCGCAUCAGCUCAACCUCUGGCCCCGUGUCUCUGACCCGGACACCUCGCCGACACUGCGUUGGACGGGAGAGGUUGGCGAUGCGUCGGUGUUUCGAGUCUGGGGAUCUCGUGCCUUUGUCCGCGAUGCGUCCGCGGACAAGCUCUCCUCCCGUACCCUCCCCUGUGUCUUCCUUGGCUUUGUCCCUGACGCGUCUGGCUGGCAGUUUUACCACCCUGCCUCGCGCCGUGUCUUCCCUUCUCAGGACGUCACGUUUGACGAGUCGGUCCCCUUCUACCGUCUCUUCCCCUACCGCACUGCCCCGCUCCCCCCUCCGCCGCUCUUCCUCACUCCAGGUGCUGCUGUGGUAGACCCCCUGCCUCCCCAGGGUCCUGCAACCUCAGGUGUUUCCCAGGUAGACCCGGUCGAGCCUGUCGAGGUAGCUGUCGACUCUGGUCCUGCGCGAGGUACUGAGCCUGAGCGUGCCGAGCCUGGUGGUGCUGGGUCUGGUGGUACCGAGACUGGGGGUGCUGAGCCUGGGGGUGUGGAGACUGGGGGUGCUGAGCCUGGGGGUGCUGCCGCUGGGGGUGCUGGGCCUGAGGGUGCUGACACUGGGGGUGCUGCGCCUGGGGGUGCUGACACUGGGGGUACUGAGCCUGGGGGUGCUGUGCCUGGGGUUACUGAGCCUGGGGGUGCUGCGCCUAGAGGCACUCUUUCUUCCUUGGAGCUGCGUGAGUGGUACUCUCGGUACUGCCGCCGCCACAGUGGUACUGUGGGAGCUGGGAGUACUGUUGACACUGGAGCUGAGGGCGCUGGAGCUCCUGGUGCUGGUGUGGCUGCCGACCCUGGGGUUGGCGCUGGAGGUGCUGGAGCUGCUGGGCCUGGAGGUGCUGCUGGAGCUACUGGAGGAGCGAGUGCUGCUGGAGCUGGAGGUGCAGGUGCUGACGGUGCUGCUAGAGCUGGUGCUGAGUCUGGGGGUGUUGCUGCUGGGGACACUUCGACAGGAGACCCUGGGACUACAGGUGCCGGCUCUGGGGGUGCUCCUGCUAGUGACGCUGGUCCUGGAGCCUGGCUCACCACUGCCUGCCCCUUCUCCUUACACUGA